GAAACGCCUUGCAGUGCACUGCCGUGAGUAGGUUGAAGAGACAGUAAAUAACCUCUCUGCUUGCAAGCUCUACCAGAUAGACGCAUAUUUUAAUUGUGUACAUUUGUAUCUCUAAGAAAAUAUACAAAAUGGACAACUCUGGAAAAGAGAAGGAAGCCAUCCAACUUAUGGCAGAAGCAGAGAAGAAAGUUAAAUCCUCACAUUCAUUUUUGGGAGGUUUGUUUGGGGGAAACUCAAAAGUGGAAGAAGCAUGUGAGAUGUACGCGAGGGCAGCAAAUAUGUUUAAGAUGGCCAAGAAUUGGAAUGCUGCAGGAAGUGCCUUCUGCCAGGCUGCCAAGCUCCACAUGCAGCUUCAGAGCAAGCAUGAUUCUGCCACCAGCUUUGUAGACGCGGGGAAUGCUUACAAGAAGGCAGAUCCACAGGAGGCUAUCAACUGCUUAAAUGCAGCCAUCGAUAUAUACACUGAUAUGGGAAGGUUCACUAUUGCGGCUAAACACCACAUCACAAUCGCAGAAAUUUAUGAAUCUGAAAUGGUAGAUAUCGAAAAGGCAAUUGCACACUAUGAGCAGGCAGCAGAUUACUACAAAGGGGAAGAGUCUAACAGUUCGGCAAACAAAUGUCUGCUGAAGGUGGCUUCAUAUGGUGCACAGCUAGAGCAAUACCAGAAGGCUAUUGAAAUCUAUGAGCAGGUUGGGACCAAUACUAUGGAUAACCCCUUACUGAAAUAUAGUGCAAAAGAGUAUUUCUUUAAGGCUGCACUGUGUCAUUUUAUUGUCGAUGAGCUAAAUGCCAAGCUUGCUGUUGAGAAGUAUGAAGAAAUGUUUCCUGCAUUUUCCGAUUCAAGAGAAUGCAAGCUGUUGAAGAAACUGCUUGAUGCUCAUGAAGAGCAGAACAGUGAAGCCUUUACUGAGGCGGUCAAAGAAUUUGAUUCUGUAUCUCGCUUGGACCAGUGGCUAACUACCAUGCUGCUUCGUCUUAAAAAGACUAUCCAGGGAGAUGCAGGGGACCUCAAGUGAGAAACUAGAGGAUAUUGUGGCAUGCUGCCUAAUUUAUUACAUUUUUGUUUUGUGCAAUGGCCCUGUGACCAUUAUUGGGUACAUGAUAUGUUCAGUGCUAAUAGCUGCAUUUUUAUUUCCUUUAAACCAAAACUCUUGUAUUGUUGAACCAAGCAGUGAUCCAGGAGCUGUUUACCCCUUUGUUUUCCCGAAUUACACUUAAGAAUAAGGAGUGAGAUAAAUGUAGUCUUCCCCUCAAGUGCUUCUAACUACAAAUCAUCACAGUUUAUGAAUAUGUAGCCUUGACAGUAUUGUACUGGCAACUAAGAAAAAUCGCAUUCCAGAGACAAACGUUCCAACUGGUUAAAAUUCAGAGGCUUUCCCCUUUCUCAUAUAAUUACAUUUUUAUAUGGUACUGGUGCAAGUCUUGCGUGAUGUACAGUUGUAAUUAUUUGAUAGUUUGCAGUGGGAUUAAUCCGUAUAUUUAUAUAUUAAUAUAAUAUAGAUUUUAAAAUGAACGUCCGUUUUUUUCCAUUUUGUUGAACUAUGCUGUGUAGAGAAGGACUGUUCAUUUUUUACUUUGCUCAUGUUAUGAGUAUUUAUUGAGGCCUGUUUGCAGUUUUGAUGGACUGUAGAAGCCUGUUUCAGUUUUUACUAUUUUUAUGAUACGGUAAGCCUGGCUUUUUUCCCCCCUUUUAACAAAAACCUUACAGAUGCAGAUUUUGCUUACUGUGUGUUUCCAUCAAAAGCAGUCCUGCUUUGGUGCUAAAAUGGUCUUCGUUUGUCUAGUUAUUCUAGGAUGGAAGUAGGGGGCACAAUUGUACAGGCCAUAGUGAUUACAAAAUCUGUAACAUAGUUUUGUGUCGUAAAAACUUUAAAGCAAAAAAGAUGAUAUAAAUUAACUUAUGAAAGAGCAAAGUUUUAAAAACACUAAAUAUGCCACCUAAACAUCACCAAAUAUAUAUAGUUUUUGCUCAACUUGGAUUCAGCAGGCCUAUGAAAGUAAUACUAGUCUGUUUUAAAUAUAUAAAGCUUCCCGUAACAUAUUUAAAUGCAUUGAGAAGCACAAAGACUGUUCAUAACACAAGAAAUGUUACCAUGCAAGUAAGAAAAUGGUAAAUCCAAAAUUAGAUAUGCAUGGGAUGGUGCCAGACCCAUUUGAUUUGUUAUAUUCAUUUUCUUUAAGUACUGUACAACAGAGAAGGUUGUUGAUGUCAGAAUAUGCAUAUCAAAGUAUGCCCUAAAUCCUACAGCAACACAUCCUAAAUCCUAGUGUAGCACUGGGUUAUUCCAUUUUAAAUGUCUCUGCUCCCCAGACCAUUCACUUUUCAAGCAAGUUUGUAAACUGCCUGUUCAUAGAAACCUGUUUCAUCAGUGUUGCCACCUUACAUAUUUUGUUUUAAGACUAAAAAUGACUGCCAAUAGUAAGAGAAAUUUAAAUGUGGCAUAGACUUUAUUCAGUUUCUUACUUGAUUUACAGAUGUUACUUUUAAUAACUGAUUACAGUUAAUUUGCUUAAGCUUGUGAUUUACAGUUUCUGUCAAAUUAGAGUAUUUUUGCACAGUUGUGAAAAAAUGCAUUCAAAUCCUUUUGAUGUCAUCAGUGUAAUGGAAAUCACCUCAAUGUACAACAUGUUUAUUGUAUCAGUGUAUUGUGAAUUUGUGUACCUGUUACAAAAUGCUAUCUAGUGUGUAUCACUUAGUAUUGAGUGUGUAGCAUGUUAUCUCAUAAAAUGUAAAGUGGUGUUGACCGUAUUGAAGCUGUUUCAAACAAAAGAACACAGAUAAUCCAUCCGCUUAAUCGUUUGCUGUUCCUCAUCAUGAAGUCUCUUCUAAAUGUAAUGAAAUUGUCUUUCUCUACUGGCUGUAGCAGUGUCAAUUUGUGUUAAACUGUACAGUAAUAAUAAUAAAAAAAUGAUCCAAGAA